AUGACAACAAAAGUUGGUAUAGUUCAAAUGCAAUCAACAGCAGAUAAGGAACGGAAUUUCAACCAGGCGGUUAAGUAUAUUAACCAGGCCAUAGCAUCAGGAGUCAAGAUCGUUUUCCUCCCUGAAUGCUUUGAUUUUGUUGGUCGGUCACGUGAGGAGACACUUGAUCUUUCAGAAGUGUUAGACGGACCUUUGAUAACAAAAUACCGUGCCUUAGCUUCUCGAGAAAGCCUUUGGAUUAGUCUUGGUGGUGCUCAUAUUAGGAUCACAGAGAACGAUGAUCAGUUGUACAAUUCUCACAUAGUUAUUAAUUCAGAUGGUCAAAUAGUGGGCGUUUAUCAUAAAGUCCAUUUAUUCGAUGCCAAUUUAAGUACAAACGAAACUACACCCAAUACAGAAUCAACAUGUACGCGAUCAUCGUUUUUUGAGUCGAAAGCGAUAUGUGCUGGUACCGAGGCUCCAAUCGUAAUCCAAAACACCCCUAUUGGAAAUUUGGGACUAGCUAUCUGUUAUGACAUGCGAUUUCCUGAACUAGCAUCUCAUCUUCGAUAUGCUAAGAAUGCUCAUGUUCUAAGUUAUCCAUCUGCUUAUACUACACGUACAGGAGAAGCUGGUCAUUGGCAUACGUUGAUUCGAGCCAGAGCUAUUGAGAAUCAGUGUUAUGUAGUUGCUGCAGCCCAGGAAGGUAAACAUAACGAAGGACGAUCUUCAUAUGGGCAUAGUUUAGUUGUGGAUCCUUGGGGUCAAAUUAUCACUGAACAGAUGAAUCCUGGUCCUGGUUUAUUAAUAUGUGAAAUAGGUCCAUUUACCAUGGUUAAUUCAACAACAUCUAUUAUUCCUAAAAUUUAUCAUGUAAGAAGAUCAAUGCCUGUGGAAUAUCAUAGACGAUUCGAUUUAUUUCCAAUGUCUGACAGUGGGUAUCCUCGUUCUAUACAGUCUGUGGAUUUUAAAUUUGGUCCUCAUAUAAUCAAAUCGGAUUGUGUCUUUUAUCAAUCGAAGUUAAGCUUUGCGCCAAUAUUUGACCAUUUGACAAUAUUAAAUGAAUCAAGGAAUAUAAUGAAUAAGGAUCGAUAUGGUAAAACAGAUUUUCCAAUCGAUUUCUCUACUCAAUGA